AUGACGCUGCCGCUCAUCCAUUCUACAUCGCUGAACCUCCCGUAUGUUUUGGAGGCGCACGGGCAGACUACGCUGGAUACAGCAACGCUCCAAUUGCAAUCAGAAUCACAGGAUUAUAGCGUGAAUGAUGCGCUGAAGUCUGGUGCCGAAGUGUACCGACUUGGCGUUGAAGUCGGCGACAAGGCAUUGCUGGGAAUUGUGAGGCUAGAAGGACUUGACGCUAUGCAGACAUAUGCAGAGAAGCUGACACUACAUUUGGAUUCGAAGGGCCAAGUGUAUCAUGUCAGCUUGCAUGUUUUGCCGGUUGAGAAGGCACAAGAGGCAUCACUACACAUCCAAGUUGUUGCUCGACUGAAGCCUGACCCUGAGCUUGGACCGCACCUCAAGCACGUCGUCAAGAAGGCUGUAGAACAAGCAGCUACAACAGACUCACCAGAAGUUGCUGAGGAUCUAAAAGUGGAAGAGGUGGAGGAGGAAGUGGUGCCAAAGAGCUUUUUGCAAAAGUAUUGGAUCUACAUCAUUCCAUUCUUGCUCGUUCUCGUCCUGGCGCCUGCGCAAGAUGACAAGGAGAAGGAAAAGUAG